UCCCGGCAGGUGCCUGUGCGACCCGCGGGAGCAGCGCAGGAUGCCCCUGCUCACGCAGCACGCCCAGGACGAGGGCGAGCGGUACAGCCUAGUGGCCAGCCUCGACAACGUGCGGAAUCUCUCCACCGUCCUGAAAGCCAUUCACUUCCAAGAACACGCCACCUGCUUCGCCACUAAAAACGGGCUCCGGGUGACGGUGGAAAAUGCGAAGUGUGUGCAAGCCAAUGCUUUUAUUCAGGCUGGAAUAUUUCAAGAGUUUACCGUUCAGGAAGAGUCAGUUACAUUUCGAAUUAACUUAACUGUCCUUUUAGACUGCUUGUCGAUUUUUGGAUCAAGCCCUAUGCCAGGGACGUGCACGGCCCUGCGGAUGUGUUACCAGGGCUACGGUCACCCCCUGAUGCUGUUCCUUGAGGAAGGAGGAGUGGUGACCGUCUGCAAAAUCAGCACUCAGGAGCCUGAGGAGACUCUGGACUUUGAUUUCUGCAGCACCAAUGUGAUCAAUAAAAUUAUUCUGCAGUCUGAGGGGCUCCGAGAAGCAUUUUCCGAGUUGGAUAUGACAAGCGAGGUCCUUCAGAUCACCAUGUCUCCUGACAAGCCAUAUUUCAGGUUGUCUACUUUUGGAAAUGCAGGAAGCUCCCACCUCGACUAUCCCAAAGAUUCUGACUUGAUGGAAACAUUCCUUUGUAACCAGACCCAAGUGAACAGGUACAAGAUUUCUUUACUGAAGCCCUCUACAAAGGCAUUAGUCCUAUCUUGUAAAGUUUCCAUUCGGACAGAUAACCGAGGAUUCCUCUCACUACAGUACAUGAUUAAAAAUGAAGAUGGACAGAUAUGCUUUGUGGAAUAUUACUGCUGCCCGGAUGAGGAAGUUCCUGAAUCAGAGUCUGGAGUGUGAGCUCUGAUGGACACACUGCCCUCCAUGCGGCUCGGCCGUGACCUCCUUCAGGCGCUCCAC